AUGGCGCUGGUAGCCUACUCUGAUUCUGAAGGCUCAGAUGCCGAGCCUGACACCACACCCAUUCCUGCUACCGAUAAAGCGAAGAAGCCCGAGUCGGGCCCCGGAUUUCAGAUUGAUCGCAGCAACCCACGUAAGAUCCGGGUUGCCCUUCCGGAGCUCAAACCGGAACAUACGACUAGCCAGGACUCGGACGAUGGACCCGCGCGAAAGAAAGCUAGACUCGGAGGAGCCUCGGGAGGAGCAUUCUCCGCCUUCAACUCGUUGCUGCCCGCUCCCAAGCGGGCAGCUGAGAAGAAGGCGCCGUUGGCCUCGACCCGAAAAGUAUUCAGCUUGAAGACAGGCGCAACGCCAGGCUUUGAUCGCGAGGCUGACGCGGAAUUCAAGUGCGACCAGACUCUUCCCACCAACGCGGAGGAUAUGGAUGGAGAGGGUGAGACAAUCCCCAAAGCCGGCAGCCUCGGACAAGCAUCGUCCAACACAGAUGGCGGGCUGAUACAAAAGACUGAGAGUGGAGAGGUCAAAUUGCAAGGGAACCCAAUGAUGUUUCGACCCUUGUCCGUUGCACGCAACCAGAAAAAGAAGAAGACAACCAAAGCCUCUUCCCAAUCAAUACCACCCGCGACGAGCCAGCAAUCUACCGCAAAGCCCGCUCCUACGAGCGCUGCGCCAGUACCGCAGGCACCAAAGCCCAAGGUGAGCCUGUUCUCACUUUCCUCGGAGGACACGGCACCCGAGCGCGCGUCAGUCUCAGAGAGCUACGAGCCUUUGGUCUACAAUGCCGAACCCGAGGAUAUGCCAACGACUCUAGCAGCUGCACCUGACUCGGUGCCUGUAGACGCUGCAUACUAUCCCACAAAUGCCUCGGUAUCAUCUUCUCUCAACAAUAUUGCCAAUGAUCUCAACCUAUCCAAAUCAGAACGUCGUCAACUGUUUGGCCGCAAUGCCCCGUCUGCCGAGUCGCAGAUCCUCACCUUCAACACCGAUAAAGAAUACGCACAUAAUCAAGCUCUGGCGGAGACUGAGCUGGCAGGGACUCAGCACAAUCCCGUUCGUGCCAUUGCCCCUGGCAAGCAUUCCUUGCAGCAGUUGGUCAACGCGGCGACUUCACAGAAGGACGCCCUGGAAGAAAGCUUCGCGUCGGGGAGGAGGAAACAAAAGGAGGCAGGUUCAAGAUACGGAUGGUAA